AUGAACAACCCCAACAUGCAACAGAACGGCAUGCAACAGAACCGGGCCACGGCGGGACUCCAUCACUUCAUUCAGCACUAUCGCGUCCAGCAGCAGCAGGGCAAGAUCCCAAAUGGCUGGCAGCAAGGCACACCGCCCGAAGAGCGCGGUCAACUGGCUCUCCAGUUCUUCACCCAGUAUCGCCUGCUGAAGCCCGAGAUCGCCGAGGUCGAGUCGAUGCGCGCCGCCCUCCAAUUCGAGACGCAAACCUUCAUGUCUUCAUCAACAAAGGACCAAUACGUCUCCAACAUCAAGCAAAAGCUCAUCGUCAUGACUACAGCACGACAACAACAAUUACAGCAACGCAUGCAAGGCGGCGCACCCAACAAUAUGAACAACCCGAUGAAUGGUAUGAACGGCAUGAACCCCGCCCAGAUGAACAUGAUGAAUCAGAUGGGUCAGCAAGGCCCCAGGCAGGGAACCCCGCAACAGUUCAACCCUGCCUUUCCGAACGCCCAACUCCAACGGCCGAUGCAGGUUUCACCUGUUCCCAUGACCCAAGGCCAGUCAUCGAUGGGUGUGAAUGGUGCAAACCCCGCCAAUAUGUCCCAACCGGGUCAAAACAACCAGCAACCGAACAUGCAGGCCAAUCAGAACCAGCAGCAGAGUCGCCAGGACCAAAUGAUCAUCAACCAAUUCGCGAAGAAGUUGAUGGACACUUGUAAAGAGGAGGUUCGGCUCAAGUUCGAGGCCGAUAUUCGAGCUUGGCCUGAGGACAAGAAACAGCAGUUGCUCGCCCAGGGCGUCAACCCUCUCUUCCUCCGCUUCCGACAACAUGCUGACAUGCUCUACCGAAGAGGCGCCCUCAAUCAGCAGGGAGCUGGUCAGAAUGCUGGCGCCAUGCAGGGAGCUGCUCAGCCGAACCGGAUGCAGGGCCAGCAGAUGAACAUGGGCCAACGUCAACCUAAUCAAGAGUUUGACUUCACUGAAAUAGCAAAUCGGCAAAUGGAAGCUAUGCGCAGCCAAGACCAGGGCACCACGGUGGUACCUGCAAGCAACAACCCGAACAAUGGCGGUCAGAUGGGUGGCUUCCCAGGCCAAAACUCGCAACAAAACCAACCUCAAAAUGCUAUGGCUCAGCAGCGUCAAGCUGCCGAAGCAUUCCACCGCCAACAGCAGGCGCAGCAAGCGCAUGCACAAGCCCAGGCUCAGGCGCGGUUGGAACAACAACGGCAGCAACAGGCAGCUCAAGCGCGCAACCAACAGAAUCAACUGCUCCAGGGCCAAAUUGGCGGGUUAAAUCUCCCUGGAGGUUCGCAACAAGCUAGUCCUGCUAUGCCUAUGCUCAAUCGACCGAUGCCUCCACCAGGACAAUCAGGACCUCCCGGAACACCACAACAGCAACGGCCUCCUCAAGCUCAUGUUCCCAUCAUGACGCCUCAACCCGGCCAGGCUGACCCCAACCUAUCCGAGCUUAUGCGCCAAGCGCAACAAAGAGCUGCCGCUGUCCAGCAGGCGAACCAACAACCGCUGACCGAUCAGGUUCGUAUGAACAUGAUGCCGGCCGACCUCGACCCCAACGUAAAGCAACAACUCCUCAAGGUCCCGGAGCCCCAGUUCCGUGUGAUACUACAGAGUUACAUGAUGAAUCUUCGUCGCAGCAAUGGAAUGCAAAACGGCGCUUUUCCACCGGGUCAACCCAAUACCGGCCAGCCGAACAUGCCGUUCAACCAACAGCAACAACUGCCGCCUGGCAUGGCUGGCCAAAUGCUCGGCGGUCCCAACAUGCAGAACAUGGUUCGCUCUGGCAUGAAUCUCGGGCAGCCACAACCUGGAGCUGGGCCACAACCUGCUAUGGGGGCGCAGCGUCCGCCUAUGCCAUCUCAGCAGCAGCGUUUGCAAGCUGCUUCCAACUUACUACGAGCCAAUCCUGGUAUCAUUCAUGCUACUGACCCUAAACCAUUCCCUCCGAACGUCUUGAACAACUCCAUUCGGAACAGUCUUCCUCAGGAUGUCAGAACAUGGCAGCAAUUGAAGUUAUGGGCUAGCCAAAAUCCCGCUCUGGUACCGGGUGUCGAUAGCCAGAAGCUGCUCAUGCUACAAGUUCUUCACUUCCAGGACAUGGUGAGACAGUCCGGCGGCGUAACGGGUGUCCAUCCUACUCCACAACCUGGUCAUGGGCUUGCUCCACCGGCGCAAGUCAAUCCCAACCAAGGUCCUAUCAGGACACCGCAGCAGCAACAGAAUAUGCCGAACAUGGCAGCCCUUCAAGUCACCCCACAGGACUUGCAGCAGUUCCGUGCAAGAAUGGCAGGCCAACCACAAGCCAACCUACCAGACGAUCAACUACGAGGCUUUAUGAUAUCAAUGAGAAUGAAGAACCUGCAGCAUCAGAGGCAACAACAGGCGCAAUCUGCAAUGCUCAAUCAACAAGCCCAGCGCAAUCAAGCGCAGCCGCCAGUCAACAUGCCGAUUCAGCAGCAUCAGCCCAACCGUCCACCGACUGCGCAACCUCCGACACAAGCUACACCCCAGCCAAAAGCAGCGGCCAGACCACAACCACAAUCGCAGCCCAUGCAAUCGCAACCCUCCAACAACGCUGGGAACAAAGGCACGAAGCGACCGAACGAGGAUGCUGCGGAAUCAGGCAACGAUGCCACGCCACAAGCUGCUGCUAUGGCAUCUUCAAAGUCUCAGCCUGGACUCAAUCUUACGCACGAGCAAAUGUCCAAACUCACCCCUGCUCAACACGCUCAGUACAAAGCUCAGUUACUAAAGGCCCAAGAUGCCUCAAACAACAAGAUGCAGCAGCAACGAGGUGCCGUGGUUAAUCACGAAGAACUACGGCAACGAAUGGCAGACCCGACAAGGACACGACAAUUCAAGCAGCUUAUGGAUGAGGUAGAGAAGAGCGUUCCCGCUAGACAACCUGUGCAGCUGCCGCCGCAGAUGCGAGUACCUCUACAGCGAUCAUUGAAAGAACAACUUCAUCGGCUAAAGCAGGUGGAUCAGGCCCUACGCAUCUUCCAUGCCUCGUACGACUCCUCUGAGCCCGAGCAAGUUCUCCGCCAGAUCAUGACAUCCCGCGUGCUCUUGUAUCAACAGUUCGACCAGGCUGACGGAACGCUUCACCCUCAAGUCACUCUGACUAUUGAAGAGUUCAAGAAUCACAUGGGCGCAACGCUCAAAUUCGUUGCUAAGAUUAUGGAAAAGGUCAAGCAGCAAUCAGCUGCCUCGCAGCCGCAGCCUCAGGGUGGUUCGAAUGCCCCGCCCGCUCAACUUAAUGCCGCAAAUCUGAAAAUCGUAGAACAACAAAACCGCAGCCAAAAGGCUCCUUCCGCCCCUACCACCGACCGACCACCGUUCGCCAUCGGAGCUGAUUCGGGUCACGGAGCAGCACACUAUUUUGAGGGCGCGAGACCAGUCACGAACCUCGUGUUGCCCGAGAAAAAGCGCGCGAAGCUCGAGGGUAGCCAAACCUCUACUCCGGGUGCUAGAGCGUCGCCCCGAAUUGGUUCAGGGACAGGUAACUCGCCUGAGCUCAAGAGGCAACCACCGCCCAAUGUACCCCAGCGACCGACUUUCCGAUGCAACGAUGCGAGCUGCGAGUACUCCGUCCGGGGCUUUGAUACUCAAGGCGAAUUAGAGGCGCAUAGCCAAAUACAUGCAAAGGUCGAGAACCCGAUGCAGUUUGCACUGGACUCGAUGGCCGAUUAUCUUGAAAUUGACCAGAAGACUGGCGAAUCGAAGGUCGACCAGAACACUGUAAAGCGCGCCUCGAAGCCUGCCCCAGCUGCUCCACCAGCACCGCAACAAGCUGUUAAGCCAGGGCAAACUCCUGGCACUUCGCACAACGUUGCCACUCCAGUUGGACAACAAGCGACUGCUACGGCUAUGACUCGCGUGCCAACACAAACAGGUGUCAAAGACUCACCAUCAUCGAACCUACUCAAGACACCCCAGGCGAUGACAAAAGUGGCCACUCCUGGCUCGGGUGCUCGUGGCAAACCUACACCUGCCAGCAUUCCCAAAUCAGCACCGAAGGAGCAACAGGUGACAGCUCCAGAGCCUGUGACCAAAGAAGAAGAGCAGAAGCCACAACAACCAAUGUUGCCAAUGUCUCUCCUUGACUACUCCUAUGAAGACACAUUCGCGGCUCUCGAUGCGAACGGACCUUUCACAGUCAUGGAUCUCAAGGACGAAGACAACGCCUGGGCACUCCGUUCGCGACCCGCCUCCCCAUCGGCUACACCCGAGUCCUCCAACAAAGACACACCUUCCACACGACAGUCGGACAUUUCGGAGAACGAUAAUCUCUUCAUCAACAUUGAUCUCAAGGACGCCGACAUGCCUGAUGCCUGGGCAAUGACGAUGACCGGCGAUGCUCUCCCAAUAGAUCUACAGCUUUCUGAAGACUUGCAGAAUCUUGGCGUCAUUCUUCCUCCCAUGGACAGCGAAGACAUGAUGCUCUUUCCCGACUAUGGUCCUGGAACUAUGAUGGACCUCGACAUGCUCGAGAAGACCAUGGAUAGCAUGGGUGGAACACUCGAUCCAUCCAUGCUAUGA